AAUAGCUAAGAGCAUAAGAUGCCUUCUAAUCGCGCGAGCUUGCUAUUUGCUCAGCUUACAAGCUAUAACAACGAUUGAUCUGGCUUUAAUUUGAAGUUGAGGAUAAGCUUGUUAACUGUUAUUCGAGACAUUCGCCUCACAGUGCGUUAUUGAACUAUUUAUCCAGCUCCACGAAUAAUUGUUUUCAUUUAAUUUCACAAAACUCGCAUGUUUGUAUAAACGGAAGAGUAGCCGCCCCGAAGUCUUCAUGCGGUUUCUGUAACAGUAGUUUUUGCCCGCUCGCAUAGACUUGUUGUAUUGUAUUUUCUCCUCCUCGGAUGCUUUGCUUUUUGUCCAUGAUAAUUUUUACGGUUGCAGAGGCGGAAAGAGAGCUCACACCCUUAAAACCGAAACUUAGAUCAUGUGUCAAAUGACAAUCAUGCGGGUUGAAACUUUCCAGUCACAGUGUGUCAUAACAGAGUAAUAUCGCGAAAUAUUUUAGCUAAUAGGUCAUAAAUGUAAACCCCCGAGCCGACUUUGUGCUUAUACAAGUGAUACUGGUUAUGGUUUGGAUGUUUGGGAGCGAGUUGCUAUUAUUUUCGAAAGAUAAUGUGUGUGCCAUAAAUUAAACUUAACAACGCUAUUUUUACGUCUGUUUAGUGACGUCACAACUCCCUCUGCGAUACAUGAAACUGACCGCCUAAAAGCGCAAACUAAUAUAUUGCAGUUCCUUUGUUAUCUGAAAUAACAUUAGAGUUUCGAUGGCGAUUGCGAUGGCGAGAGGAAAAUUCUCUACUUUCGCUCUAUUUACGAUCGGACUUGUUUUAUCGAGUGGUGUCUCAUUUCGCGGAUUCUUUGUCGAAGGUGCUGUCAGUGUUAGCGAGGAGCUUUUGAUUCGACAUAUCGUGGAUAACAUAAAUCCGAACGUCAGACCCGUAUUAAACCUGUCUGAGGCAGUAAAUAUUACUUUGGACAUAACUUUUCACGGUGUGAUCGAAAUGGCCGAAAAAUAUCAAAUUCUCACUAGUAGUGUUUGGGUACGGCAGAGAUGGAUAAACCAACUGAUCAGGUGGAAUACCAGCGAAUACGGUGGACUCGAAGAAAUAUCUAUUGAUUCUUCCCUCUUGUGGCUGCCGGACAUUGUUCUUUAUAACAAUGUUUUUGAAGAAUUUGGCGGUAGAAUGGAUAACGUGAAAACUCGAAUUCGAGUAAACAGCACGGGUCAUUGUUACUGGGCAGCGCCUUUCAUCUUCAAAACUUCGUGUCAUUUUAACGUAAGAGAUUUUCCUUUCGAUGAGCAGCAGUGUAAACUCAAGUUUGGCUCUUGGAAUCUCCACAAGGGACUACUCGAUUUAGUUCCCAAGCGGAAUUUGGCACCAGUGGCAAAGGAAAAAGUAGAGAAUGGGGAGUGGAAUCUAACAUCCAUCCAGAUCAAGCGGAGCGAAGAUGAAUAUGCGUGUUGCCCAGAUGAGAAAUACACUGACGUUACAUUUUAUAUCAACCUCAAGCGGCGCUCUUUGUUUUACACCUACAAUCUGAUCAUACCUAACUUUCUCAUAGCUCUACUUGCCUUCUUUUCGUUUUAUAUUCCAGUGGAGUGUGGCGAGAGAAUAUCAUUCGUGAUCACCGUCUUACUGAGCAUGACCGUAUUUCUGCUGUUGGUUGCGGAGAGCAUUCCUCCCACUUCUGAGGCAGUGCCAGUCAUUGGAAUGUACUAUACUUGCUCGAUCAUUGAAGUCGCCUUAGCACUUGUUGCAACUGGCAUCAGUUUAAAGGUGUACUACAGCUAUUUGUACGGAAAAGGCUUAUCACCUCGGUUACGAAGAUUCCUUUUUUGUCGUUUGGGACCAUUACUGUGGGUUGACACGGAAAUUGUCAGCGGGGCCAAACUUGCAAAAAACAAAUCGUGCCUCCUGUUUAAAUGUCUCAAAAGGCCUAAGUCAAGCGUUCCACGGGAUAGUGUCAUCUCGAUGUACAAUGUUAUAGAGAACAAAGCGAAUCUGCUUAACGGAGUAGCGACGACAGCGAAAAACGAAGCAAAUUUGCUUGCUGUUGAUGCUCAGACUUCAGCUGAAACCGACAUCACCCUUUUAGAGACACAAAACAGUUUAUCUGGCCAAGAGAUAAGACAGAGAGUCAAAAAAACGUCUACGGCGCCCGAACCGCAACAUGCAGUCUCUUCGACACUGAAGGGGUACAAGGACACCGACUUCCAUGCGACAGAAAGUAGGAUUGCUGCGGCCAUAGUGGAUCGAGCUUUCAUGGUGUUGUUUAUUUUAGUGUUUUUCGCGUCGACACUUAUCAUUUUACUUUUGCCAUUUAUCAGGAAAGGAUGAUCUCAAGCCAAGGCUCAAAUAUGAACUAAAACGCUCUCGGGUCGCGAAGUUGUCUUCUUUUGGGUGUCUGAUGAAUGGAAAAAGUGGUCACGCACCAACAUCUGUCACGUGAGCAAGCAAGCUUCAAUGUUAUAACUAUGCAGCUUUUCGCGUGACAUAAAUCACGUUGAAGAUGUAAAGUAAGAAAGAAAAAUUGCCAUCAAGAAUGUCUUUUGGACGGAAAGUUUGAUGCAAACUUGCAUAAAAACAACCGUUGCCCUGCUUUUGGUUUAGCCAUAAGACGAGGAUUGUAACAGUUUUAUCCUCGAGUUGGUUGGUUACUGUUCGCGUGGUUCAAAGUAAUAAUUUUUCUGAAACAAUUUGGCAAAAUUCUUUUAAUGUGACUUUCAUUUGACGAGUUUGCAAAUAAAAUUUUAUUCUGUGGUCCAUACCUUUUUUUAUGGAACAUUUUUGAGAUUAUAUACACUUGCGACUAUUGAUUUGUAUCAAAGAGAUUUUACUUCAUCUUAGAGGAAGGAACUCACUCGAAAAGGAGGAGCACGUAAUUUUAUAAAUUUAAAUGUAAAUAAUUUUCAUCUGUUUUAAAAUUAAUGAUGACUGUGUUACAACUAACAAACAUGUUAUGUAAAUGGAAAAGCGCAUAAUUUUCUUU